AGUAUAAUGUGGAUCUUUCAAAGUUUUACAGCAGAAAGAAAACCUAAUUCCAGAAGAGCAGAACAAGAGUCAGCUGCAAUGGUGAGCUUUAUUCCAGAAGAGAUCAUAAUUGAUAUUCUAAAAAGAUUGCCAGUAAAAUCUCUCUCAAGAUUCAGGUGUGUAUCCAAAUCUUGGUACAAUUUUAUUAAAAACCCUCAUUUUGCUAAACUCCAACUUAAUCAUUCUCUGAAAUUUGGUGAACAUGGCGUUAUAUACAAAUGUGAGGGAAAGAUUUUUUGUGUUGAUUACGAUUCAUCGUCUUCAACAUUAAGUAGUAGGGUUGCUCGAUUUGAUUACCCUUCAGAACAUAAAAUGAGACGCGGACGCAUUAUAGGUUCUUGUAAUGGCUUAGUUUGUCAUAUAUCAUCUCAGAAAGAUAUUAUCAUUUGGAAUCCGCAUACUAAAGACUACAAGAAGAUACCAUCACCAACAGAAACAGAUACGAAAUCAAGAGGUUUUCAUGUCAGGUAUAAGUAUGGUUUCGGUUAUGAUUUGAAAUCAGAAGAUUAUAAAUUUGCAAGAAUGACAAACAUUAGGGCAAAGUACAGUGAAAUCGCGGUCUAUUCAAUAAAGUUAGAUCUGUGGAAGUCAUAUCCAGACAUCCCUUUCUUAUAUCCACAUGAAGAUCUUGUGUUUUAUGAAGGAAUUUUUUACUGGGUGGAAAUUCCCAGGGGCUGUGAAGACCCUAGAAAGAUUGACUCUUUUGAUAUUGGUAGCGAAGCAUUCAAAGAAAUUCCGCUACCGCAAAAUUUUCCAUACAGUCUUUUUGAUAUGAUACAUGUUCUUCUUUUGGGAGGUUGUCUUUACCUAAUUGGUUGUGCUUACAUGCCAUGUUGCGAGGUAUGGAUGAUGAACUAUGGUGUACACGAAUCUUGGACUAAAAUGUUCACUAUUGGAGAAAGAGGUUGUAAUGGUGCAUUUGGAAAUAUGUAUCCGAAGCAAUCCUUCAAGAAUGGUGUGAUUCUGGUACAUGUGGGUUGCUCCAAGUCUUAUUUGUAUGAUCCGAAACAUAAAGAGUUCACCAAAUUUGUGAUUAACGGCUGUGCAGUGAUCUCCACAUGGGAUUUCGUGGGGAGCUUAGUGUCACCUAAUAAUUUACCAAAUUCCAGGGGUUUUGAAAGUUCUGAAGUCAAUGAAGCUCUAUUAAUCCAAUAGGUUUAAUCGUUUGGCUAAAAAAAUCAUUGUCCUCGAUUAUUUGGGUACUUGUUUGGGGUCAAUAGGUCACAGACUCACAAUAAGCUGAAGAAGACUAAACCCAUCACAGCCCCAACAAAUUAGAAUACAGUAAAAGCCUGCUUCCUCUGGGCAGUGUUCAGGCAGGCCAGGCAAGUCCUUGGUAUCUGUAGGCGUCUCGGGCAGAACAUCGCAGCAUAGGGGCGCAGGUCAAGAUUCAUGUCCACCAGUGUAAAGCCUGCUGAAGACCCAACACCGAACUGGACCUUGUAGCUAGCUAGUCUAGUCAACAUUAAAUUGGAGAUCGUGUAACAAGUUUAGAGAAAAACUAUUUGAAGAAACCCUAACUGGCUAACUCUUGUGAUAACCUUUCAAGAAAAUAUCUUCUGAAGAACAAGGAUCAGCUGCGACGGCGAGCUUACCAGGAGUACCAGUUAAGCCUACCUUAAGAUUCAGGUGUGUAUGCAAGUCUUGGUACAAUCUUAUUGAAAGCUCUAAUUUUGUUAAGCUCCAACUUAACCAUGCUUUGCAAUAUGGUGAUGAUCAUGGGGUAUCGUAUAUGACUAAGCUGAGAAUAUUUGUUGUGCUGAGUACGGCUUAUUAUCCUCGACAUUAAGUAAAUACAGUUUCUCAUUUAGUUACCAAUAGGAACAUAUGCAGUUACGUAUUUUAGUUCUUGUAAUGACU